CCUCCGCCCCUCCUCCCCUCGGCGGGUGUGAUCGAGUGGCCUCGCCUCAUCGCCUAGCGCCCCCCUCAGCUGCCGCCGCCUCCGCCCGCCGGCCAUGUCCCCCGGCCGCCGCCGCCGCCGCCCGAGCGCGGCGCUCCUGCGGCCCGGCGCGCAGUGAGCACGGACCCAUCUUGCCGUUCGCCCGCCCCGGGGUCCCCUUGUUCUCCGCGCCGCCGCCGCCGCCGCCAUGUUGGGUUUGGAGCUGCAGCGGAGCCGCCGCCGCCGCCGCGGGUGAGGGAGGCCGAGAGCGGAGCCCGCCCCGCCCCGGGGCCCAGGGAGCGGGGCCGCCUCGGAGCCCGGCCUCUCCCCGCCAGCCGCCUUCCCGGCCUGCCGUGCAACCAGCGAGCGAGCAAGCACCGGACCCCGGCCGCGCCUUCAGCUACGGCCCAAGCGAACCCGCCCCCGGGCCCGGCCACAGCCUGCAGCGGAGCCCACGAGAGGCAGCGCCAUGGCGGAGCAGACCUACUCGUGGGCCUAUUCCCUGGUGGAUUCCAGUCAAGUGUCUACAUUUCUGAUUUCCAUUCUUCUUAUAGUCUAUGGUAGUUUCAGGUCCCUUAAUAUGGACUUUGAAAAUCAAGAUAAGGAGAAAGACAGUAAUAGUUCUUCUGGGUCUUUCAAUGGCAACAGCACCAAUAAUAGCAUCCAAACAAUUGACUCUACCCAGGCUCUGUUCCUUCCGAUUGGAGCAUCUGUCUCUCUUUUAGUAAUGUUCUUCUUCUUUGACUCAGUUCAAGUAGUUUUUACAAUAUGUACGGCAGUUCUUGCAACGAUAGCUUUUGCUUUUCUUCUCCUCCCGAUGUGCCAGUAUUUAACAAGACCCUGCUCACCUCAGAACAAGAUUUCCUUUGGUUGCUGUGGACGUUUCACUGCUGCUGAGUUGCUGUCAUUCUCUCUGUCUGUCAUGCUCGUCCUCAUCUGGGUCCUCACUGGCCAUUGGCUUCUCAUGGAUGCACUGGCCAUGGGCCUCUGUGUCGCCAUGAUCGCCUUUGUCCGCCUGCCGAGCCUCAAGGUCUCCUGCUUGCUUCUCUCAGGACUUCUAAUCUAUGAUGUCUUUUGGGUAUUUUUCUCAGCCUACAUCUUCAAUAGCAACGUCAUGGUGAAGGUGGCCACUCAGCCGGCUGACAAUCCCCUUGACGUUCUAUCCCGGAAGCUCCACCUGGGGCCCAAUGUUGGGCGUGAUGUUCCUCGCCUGUCUCUGCCUGGAAAACUGGUCUUCCCAAGCUCCACUGGCAGCCACUUCUCCAUGUUGGGCAUCGGAGACAUCGUGAUGCCUGGUCUCCUGCUGUGCUUUGUCCUUCGCUAUGACAACUACAAAAAACAAGCCAGUGGGGACUCCUGUGGGGCCCCUGGACCUGCCAACAUCUCCGGGCGCAUGCAGAAGGUCUCCUACUUUCACUGCACCCUCAUCGGAUACUUUGUAGGCCUGCUCACUGCUACUGUGGCGUCUCGCAUUCACCGGGCCGCCCAGCCCGCCCUUCUCUAUUUGGUGCCAUUUACCUUAUUGCCACUCCUCACGAUGGCCUAUUUAAAGGGCGACCUCCGGCGGAUGUGGUCUGAGCCUUUCCACUCCAAGUCCAGCAGCUCCCGAUUCCUGGAAGUAUGAUGGAUCACGUAGAAAGUGACCAGAUGGCCAUCAUAGUCCUUUUCUCUCAACUCAUGGUUUGUUUCCUCUUAGAGCUGGCCUGGUACUCAGAAAUGUACCUGUGUUUAAGGAACUGCCGUGUGACUGGAUUUGGCAUUUAAAGGGAGCUUGUCUGCAGGAGAGAGGUGCUGGAGCCCCGUCUGGUUCCUUCUCUUCCUGCAGAUGUAGAGGUGGGGCCCCUUCCAAGAGAGACAGGCCUCUCCCCGGCGCUCCUCCCUCCCACGUUUUUAUGGAUCUGCACCAGACUGUUACCUUGUUGGGGAGAUGGAGAUUUGACUGUUUAAAAACUGAAAACAGCGAGGAGUCUUUCUAGAACUUUUGAACACUAAAAGGAUGGAAAAAAUUAGCAAACCGAAGUUUCUUCAAUGACCCCUCGAGAACUUUGGGACCAGUUUCCUAUGGGGGACUCAGUUUCAGAGAACUGAGACAGAAGCUCUUCUGUCGUUAUAUUCUUCUUUCCUUUUUUUGGAUUUAUUAAAUAUUUUCUGUGGUGUGAAGUGACUUAUUAAAUCCACAGACAUUGAGUGACUUCUUACAACAUCCACAUAAGGAUUUGUUGUAAUGAGUUCAUGUCCACCCUGAUGUUGUGUUGGCAGUGAACAAGGGCACGGUUUUUAUACAUACGUACAUAUAUAUAUAUACACACACACACAUAGAUAUAUAUGAAUAAACAAAAAUGAAAUCCUGCUAAGAUCACGCUGUGUAGCUGACAGGGGCUUGCUGUCGUUUUGAGCAUGUCGAGCAGUUUACUGGCUUCCUUGUAUAUGGAUAAGCUGCUGUCCUUCCCCUUCACAACUGACUCCGCAGUUACAAACCAGUAUAGCAUUUGUGCUGAUAGACUCAUGGACUUUAGGAGCCCUAACUUGGUUUUGAUCAGUGUAGCAAAUUAGGGAUGAAGAGUUCAAACCUUCUCGGCCCUUUCUUUCUUUUCUAGGCUUCUCCCUUGCAGGGUGUUCCGUAGUUUCUUCUCGAGCCAAUGCAUGUAUUAUAGCAGCAGGUGUCUUUGUGCUUUUUCAUCAUAGUAAUGUACUACUUGUAAAUACAUUUUUCUAUUUUCUAUUUUUUUGUAUUUUUUUUUUUUGACAUUUUGUUUCAUUGGUGUGCUGUAUAUUUUCCAUGCCCUCACUCCUUUAAGAAAAAAAAAAAAAAAGGAAAAAAGCAACACGAUCCUGUCCUUGCUGUUGUGAUUAUAGUCUUGGUUUACCUGUGGUGACAGAUGGGUGUGGGGGACACAUGUCAAAUGCCCCUCUGAGGUGGGCCCUAAAUUCCAGGAGCUGGGGAAAGAGCCAGCUGCUCUGUCCUGAGAGCCUGGCCCUGUGCUGUGGUCUCUGCUGCAAGCCCAGAGUUCUGGGAGUAACUAGUGUUAGGUCUGCUGGCCUUUACCUAAGCAGCCCCUGCCUGGUAAGAAGGCACCCAUUGUUCAGAGGCAGAGAGAAGCCUGCAGUUGGCAUGAGGAUGCCUGACGACAAAGGCUGGAGAAGGGCCCUGAGUCCCAGCCUCUCCCCAAGGGUCCCCGCCCCAGUGGCUCCCUCUGUCUUGACCUGUGUAAUGAACUGGUGUGCUGUGUCACUGUGGCUUGAGCUCACAGGGGGCACCCAUCCUGCUGUCAACAGAGCCUGAAGCAAUCAGGGUGUCGGAUUCCUCUGUUGUUGUCAUCAAAUCCUGCUGAGGGGUUUCUGGGGUUUUGUUUUUAAUAAAUGAUUCCUUUGUA